UAUUUUGACCACCAUGAAGAAUUCCACUCGUUUUCUGCUAAUGCUUUUCGUUGCUUGUGCCAUCAUCUUCAUGUCAGUGUAUUAUACAGCAGGACAGUUUUUGGGCACUGAGUAUGAGGUUCGAGUGAUCAACGGCUUCUCCAACAACUCAUCGCUGCCAUUGGUGAUCUGGUGCGUGUCACAGCAGGAUGGGGACAUGGGUGGCCGUGCCCUACAGGAAGGCGACGAUUACGGGUGGCGAGUUAAGACCAAUAUAUGGGGCGAUUUUGGCUACUUGUGUACGUUGAAAUGGGAUGGGAAGAGGAGGAGUUUCGAGGCGUUUAGGGUUGGGAGAGACAGUCGAAGGUGUGGUCCUCUUAACAAGUGUUCUUGGUUGGUUAAAGAGGAUGGCUUCUACUUCAGCAGUGAUGAAGUUAACUGGAAGAAACACUUUUCCUGGUGUUGAG